CGAUGUCAAGAGGUCGGUGAUGGUUCCUUCGUGUGUCACUCGCUGCGUGGACGCGGCGGAAAGGGCUACUUUACGUAAAGUAGCGUGUGGGCAAUGGCAUAAUGACGCAUCUCGACCUCAGCGUUCCGUUCUUGUCUCUCUCUCUCUCUCGGUGUCGCUUUCUGCCUUCCUUGUGCUUGUUUAGAGUAUAGAUCAGAUCUGUUGACAGAGUGGAACGCGACAUUCAUCAUGUCCAAUCAGUCGAACGUCAAUCUGACAACAAUCUUAAAGCGGCUUGAGGCCGUGACGUCUCGGUUGGAAGACGUGGCUAGUCUUCAACCUCCUCAAAGUGCUGCUUCUGCCAGAAGUCCUGCAGUCGCCAAUCUCACCACACCGCCUGCUCCUGCUCAAUCAACGUCUUCCGGAAAUGCUUCGACCGGAUCUAGUCCAGCUACAAAGGCGUACGAGGAUGAGAUUAUCAAUAACCUACUAGCAGCCGUGAAGACUCAGGCAAACUCCAUCGGUGGUCUUGUCGAGGAGCACACUGCUCUGCUUGACCCGGUCUGCUCAAGCCAAUUGGCGUUUCUGCAGAUGGCCUCCGGCCACACAAAACCAUCUAUGAAUGCCCUCGGGCCUCUGCUCAAGCCUCAGGCCGAUGCCAUACAGGCAGUCAUGGAAGCCAAAGAUAAACUCGGUCGAACAAAGGACGGCCGUGAAUGGGGUGCAUGCCUCAGUGUCAUCGGCGAAGGUAUUGGCGCAUGGGGAUGGGUUCAAGUGGAGCCCGCGCCGGCUCCGUACGUUGAGGAGAUGAAGAAUGCUUCGCAGUUCUGGGCGAAUCGAGUACAAAAGCAGUUCAAAGAGAGCAAUCCUACGGCUCUAGCCUGGGCGAAGGCAUUCAUUGAGCUUGUCGACGGCCUGCAGAAGUACGUGAAGCAGUGGCACACAACCGGUGUGUCUUGGAACCCUCGAGGUCAACCACCUCCCACCUCAAUGCCAGCUACUUCCGGCGGUGCUCCUGCUCCUCCUCCGCCGCCGCCCGCUGGUGGACCUCCUCCUCCACCACCGCCUCCACCGCCAUCAGACUCCGCCGCAUCUGCACCGACUUCUUCCGGUGGUGCAGCCGCAGGUCACUCGGCACUCCUUGCAGACCUGAAUCGAGGAGGAGCCAUCACAUCGGGACUGAAGAAGGUCGACGCAUCGCAAAUGACGCAUAAGAACCCUGGCCUAAGAGCUUCUGGCACCGUUCCGGACAAGAAGGCUCCGCCCGCAGUCAAGGCCAAGCCAGGUGCUCUGACCAGAUCAUUGAGUACGCCUAAGAAACCAGCGAGGACAGAGCUCGAGGAGGGCAACAAGUGGAUUGUUGAGUACCACGAGGACAACAAAAACAUUGUCAUUGAGGACACUGAACUGUCUCACACUGUUCACAUCUUCAACUGCAAAGGAUCUGUUGUACAAAUCUCAGGCAAGAUCAACGCAGUAACGAUGGUCGGCUGUCGCAAGACCGCCAUUGUCCUCGACUCGGCAGUUUCAUCGCUCUCCAUCACCUCCUCGCCAUCUUUCGAAGCGCAGAUCACCGGCUCCGUCCCAACCAUCACAAUUGACACCACAGACUCCGGAUCCGUCUACCUUUCUGAAAAGUGCAUGGAGACAGUAGAGAUCAUCACGUCCAAGACGAGUGGCAUCAACAUCUCGGUCCCAACUGGUCAAGAUGGAGACUUUGAAGAGAGGCCGGUGCCUGAGCAAAUGAGAUCCAAGUUGGUCAAAGGCAAACUGGUCACAGAAAUUGUCGAGCAUGCGGGGUAGACGUGUUUUGUGUGACUCUGUCCAACUUGUCCAACUUGGUGAUUUAUGCGAUCUUGUCAUUGACGUGAAAAUACG